AUGGAAUCUUAUGGAUCCCUAGCUCCAAAGAGAUACAACUACUCACAGGUAAUGAAGAUAACUUCCUUUCUUAAUCAUAAGCUCGGGGAAGGUGGUUACGGAGUGGUUUACAAAGGGAGGCUACUUGAUGGCCGUCUAGUCGCCGUGAAAUUUUUGCAUGACUGCAAAGGACAAGGGGAUGAGUUCGUAAAUGAGGUUAUGAGCAUUGGUAGGACAUCUCACGUGAAUAUUGUAAGCUUAUUUGGGUUUUGUUUGGAGCGCUCAAAACGGGCUCUUAUAUAUGAAUACAUGCCCAAUGGUUCUCUGGAUCAGUACAUUUAUUGUGAGAAUCCCAAACACAUUUUAGGAUGGCAAAAUCUCUACACUAUAGCAAUUGGGAUUGCUCGUGGCCUAGAAUACUUGCACCACAGCUGCAAUACACGCAUUGUACAUUUUGAUAUCAAGCCCCAAAAUAUCCUUCUUGAUCAAGAUUUUUGCCCAAAGAUUGCUGAUUUUGGUUUAGCUAAAUUUUGUCAGACAAAGGAGAGUAAGUUUUCAAUGACUGGAACCAGAGGAACAAUUGGAUUCAUUGCUCCAGAAGUUCACUCUCGGACCUUUGGAGUUGUUUCAACAAAAUCAGAUGUUUAUAGUUAUGGAAUGAUGUUGCUAGAGAUGGUUGGAGGCAGGAAAAAUGUGAAAUCAGUAGUUGAAAAGUCAAGUCAGAAGUAUUUUCCAGAUUGGAUUUAUGACCAUUUUUCCCACGAUGAUGGGUUAGAAGCUUGUGAAGUCACAUGUGAAGUGCAGGAAAUUGCUAAAAAGAUGAUUUUAAUUGGUUUGUGGUGCGUGCAAGUACUACCAAUGAGUCGCCCUACAAUAACAAAGGUUUUGGAAAUGUUUGAAAGAGGCUUAGAUGAAUUGGACAUGCCACCAAAGCAAAACUUCAAUAACAUACCGUAA